AUGGAAGCCAGCAGUCAAUCCAGCAGUCAGCAAAUUCUGUGGAGAGAUGUUGAAGCUGCAAAAGAGAAGAAGCCUAAGUAUCACUCCUGCCAGUGGGUGGUUCUUACCCUGGCUCUGGUCUUCCUGGCUUUGGCUGUCUGUGUUUUCAGUCUGAGAUACAUGUGGGGCCCAAGUCUGGGGAAGGUGUAUGACUUUCAGUACAAAGCUGUUGUGGAUGGAGUGGAGACAAACAGCCUGAUGGAGAUUGACCCCAGCGGCCACGUUGAGGUCUUCAGGAUGGGAAACGGGAGUCAGGAGGUCGUUGAGGUUCAUGACUUUAAGAAUGGGAUCACUGGUAUCCGGUUUGCUGAACAUCAGAGGUGCUACAUCAGGACCCAAACGAAGAAGCUACCCGCCGUGGCAGAGGUGGAGACGGAGGACAGAGAGCUGCUGAUUCGUGAGUUCGAGGCGGUGGACAUGAAGGUGGACGACUCCCGGGUGUGGGUUCCCAGUGAAGAGCCCAUCGUUAACCCAGACUUCCUGCUUGACUCCAAGAUCUGGGAGAUUUGCCAGCAGCUGCCUAUCCACUGGAUCCAUCCCUCCCCCAUGACGGCUGCUGAGAGUCUGGGUGAAGACACGCCCGACGCAGAGGUCAUAGGUCAGCGUUUUGCCCGGGACGUCCUGGACCAUGCUGCUGUAAAUGACUAUAGGGAUGUUGGAAUCGAGCUGGAUCAGUACUUGGAUGACCGCAGCUUCUGCUGCCAGCACUGUCGCCGUGGUUACCGCUACUGUCGACGCUACCACGAGCCUCUGGGCGGAUUCAACCCCUGGCCGUACUACUACCAAGGAGGCCGGGUCAUCUGUCAGAUCGUGAUGCCGUGCAACUGGUGGAUCGCUCGCAUGCUGGGGAGGAUCUGA